AUGGACGGCGCGGGUGCGGGUGCGGGUGGUGAGGAUGAUGCGAGAUGGAACCCUUCGCAAGCGUUUUGCACGCGGUCAGGCGGCAUAACGGUACAAGGCUGGACGUCGGCGAUACUUUCCCGUCUGCAGCUGUCCCACCACAGCCCAUGUAUCUCUAACAGCACUCUCUUGUAUCUCGGAUGGUUAACCUUCAAGAGUCAGUCUGCCGGUUGGCAGAACCUUGGAAAAUUGAACGGAACCCUUGUCGGGAGGUCCACUGAGGGACCACUUGAACGCCUGCCGAGGAGCCACCCCGUGUGCAUGGCGCCGCAAGCCAGGAACAGAGGCGAAUGGGGGCGCGACAGGGACGCCUUAGCUCGUCUCGAGGCGCCACUGAGGCUUGGGCCUUUAAUUAUCUGUCGUCCUAGUUCCAUGUUCCCCGACUGCCAACAGUACCGGUACAACCGUGGGUUUGUGUCUGUCGGAGAAUGA